GGUGGUCAAUUCUUGUAUCAACACUGCAUGGUUGCAUGCAAUAUGUUCAUUAACUCCAACCAGGGACGGAGCAACUGUGUAAAUCAAUAUCUUAUUCUGUGCCUUUUUUUCUUUGAUAGAACAGUUAAAAUGCCGAAUUCCUGAUGUAUUUAUACGUAUAUAUGAACACGUCUCCGGGUUGGUUAAAUCUCUAGGGUUGGAGACUAGGGAGUGAGGAGGGUGGAAUCAUCUGAGAAAUGUAAAGGUAUUCACUACCAACCAACCAGCUAGCGUAGGAAUCUCCCUGUGGCGGGCCGGGUCCAUCGGGUGCGCGUCUACACAGCCUUCAACCUGUGGCGCGCCCAGUUGUAACCUGUACUUGGAGAUGGAUAGAGUGUCUGUGAACCGCUCCUUGAACUAGUGAACCAUGUUGGACAGGUCGGCCGUCCAGUUGGUCGGGGACCAUGUGAAGCACAUCUCAGUUGGAAAUGUUGCAGUGGCGGAACUCUCUGCAGUUGGGUUUCAGAGAGAUGAUGUUGAUAUUAAUAUUUUGAGCCCAGCCAAGGUUCCUGUAGCGUACAGGUUAUCUGAAGAAAAUGGCCUGUUCAAGAUUGAAUUUACUCCGACCGAUGUCGGAUCCUUUAUCAUGGACGUUUAUGUCACGGGUCAGAAGAUACCAGACUCUCCGAUCUUCUUCAAGGCCUACGACUCUGGUUUGAUCCAGGUUUCCGAUGUCGGAAGCGGGAUUGUCGGUCAACCUUGCCAGUUUAGGGUUGACGCAAGCCAGGCAGGAGAGGGUCAGCUUGAGAUAUCUAUUAAUGACGGAGAAGUUCCGAACCAUGUUCAGGUUCUGGGCGGAGGAAAAUGUUUGGUUCAUUUUACUCCGGAGACUCCUAAACCUCACACCAUUGAUAUCAGGUUUAACGGAGAAGCAGUCCCAGACUGUCCGUUUGUUUGUCGUGUUUCCGAUACCAGUCAGGUUACUGUACAGCUACAGCACCUGGAGCUAAUGCCUGUCGGGGAGGCGGCCCUGUUCCAUAUCCAGGUUGAUACUACAGACAACGCGGAGCUGGCUGUCUCCGUCCAGGGUCCCAGGACAGAUCUUCCUGUCAAGGUUUCCGGAAACGUGAAGAACGGAUUUACAGCGGAGUUUCUACCGGAAGAAGUUGGACCUUACACCGUGUGUGUCGAGUACAAUGGGAUCCCGGUGGGAGGAACUCCGUUCGUGGGGAAAGCGUUCGAUUCCUCGAACGUCUUGGUUUCUCAUGUACCAUGGGGAACCAUAGGCAAGAGUUUACAGUUUACAGUAGACGCGAGCAAAGCGGGAGAAGGAAAUCUUGAGAUUACAAUUUCAGCGCGGGGGAGAAACAUUCCAACACAGGUUCAUCCGCAAGGAUCUGCCAGGUUUGCGGUAAGUUUUGUCCCUCUGGAAGCUAUUGAUCAUGUGAUCAAUAUUACGUUUAACAAAGAACCAGUCCCUGGGGCUCCGUUUACAGCCAAGAUCCACACAGAUCCGAACCAUAUUGUUGUGUCUGGACAGUGUCUGGCCGCUACUGCCGUUGGAAAACCAAGUUUCUUUACUCUCUCUAACGUGAGCGGAAGCCUUGAAGAUAUUGUGAUAGAAAUAGAUUCUCCACUAGGAGAAGAGGUUUCAGCUACAGUUCAAGAUCUAGGAUCAGGAUCCUUCAAAGCCGAGUUCUCUCCCAAGAUCGCUGGAGAACAUCAAAUAUAUAUUUCAUUCCGAGACGAGCAGGUUCCAGGUUCUCCUUUCGCCUGCAAGGUUUAUGAUGUCUCCGCUAUCAAGGUUCGAGAGUGUAUUAAAGGGAUUGUGGGGAAACCUGUCACUUUCCUGGUUGAAACCUCGCAUGCUGGACCUGGAAACCUGGAGGUUACUGUAAACAACGGACAGGUUCCAACCAGUGCUCAAGCUCAGGGUAAUCAUACAUAUGCUAUCUCAUUCAACCCAAAAGAAGCAAAACCUCACAUUGUAGAACUCAAGUUUAACGGAGAAAGCGUUCCCGGAAGUCCGUUCAAGUGCCUGGUGGUGGAUGCAGCGAAGGUCAACCUAUCCGGAGAAGGGUUGGAGAAAGUACCUGUUAGUAAACAAACCUCCUUCAUGAUCUCCGGUCAGGGAGAUAUGGGAGAUCCAGAGGUUAAAAUCCUCUCCCCCUUGAAGGAUGUUGUAACCAGUAGUAUCCGUUGUAUCGGAGAAGGACAGUAUGAAGUAGAUUAUUCUCCAGAUACUGUUGGAGAUCACCAGGUUGAAGUUAAAAUGGCUGGACUCCAUGUUCAGGGCUCACCCUUCAUUGUAAAGGCCUACGACGCCUCCAUGGUGCUUGUGACGGAUAUCCAAUCUGGAUCCGUUGGCAAACCAGUCUACUUCUCCAUAGACGCAUCUCAAGCUGGAGCAGGAAACCUUGAAAUAAUUGUAUCUGUCAACGGUAGAAACGUGCCCAACUACGUCCAAUCAGAAGGAAAUGCCAAAUUCAAGGUCAAUUUCAAGCCGCAGGAAAAUUCUCCCCAUUAUCUCAGCGUAAAAUUCAAUAAUGAACCUGUUCCAAACUCUCCGUUUGAGUGUAGAAUCAUAGAUAGCCAGCAGCUGGUCGUGAGUGGACCCGGAGUAAAGAUGUGUCCUGUCUCACUUCCAGCCAAGGUUAAUAUCACAUCAACUGCUGGGAAUUGUAAAGAUUGCCUAAUCAAGGUGCAUUCUCCUGGUGGAGAUGUUCUUCAUAUUACAACCCUGCUCAAUGAGAAGAAUAAUGCUAACUAUGAGUAUAUUCCUGCUGAGGUGGGAGCACAUCAUGUUCAUGUAGUUCUAGACGGUCUCCCAGUCCUAGGCUCACCCUUUACCUGUAAUGUUUACGACGUAGGACGUGUUAUUGUCACAGGAUUAGAAGGUUCUCACGCUAUCGGUACUCCAGUUACAUUUACAGUAGACGCAAGCCAGGCUGGAGAAGGUACCCUGGAGCUGGUUGUUACAACUGGUAAAUCCUCUGUACGUGCCGAGGUCGCUGCCCGAAGCCGUGGCCUCUACGAAGUAACUUUUGUUCCUCAAGAGGCUAUCCCCCACUUUGUAAAUAUAACCUUUAAUGAUGAAGGAAUCCCUAAUAAUCCGUUCCAGUGUAUGAUUAUAGCCAAGAAGGUGUCUGCAGUACAGAAAAGUCCUAAGAAAUCUGAAACUAGUACAACCGUAGCCCGUGGAGACGGUCUCCAGCAAGCAGUAUUUAAUAGUAAAACCAUAUUUGAUAUAGACACUGGUGGGUUGGAUACAGCUCCAGUAGUUAGAAUCUCCGAUCCUUAUAGUUUCAGUGUCUCCUCCUACCUUACAGAAACUAGACCAGGACUUUACAGAGCUGAGUUUACUCCGACUAAACUUGGAACUCAUAGUAUAUCUAUUAACAUCGGAGAUCGACCCAUCCAGGGUUCACCCUUCAAAUCUGAAGUGUUUGACCCCGCUAGCGUUAAAGUUACCGAUGUUGGGGCAGCUGUUAUUGGUAGUGAGUGUAGUUUAACAGUUGAUGUUUCUAAUGCUGGACACGGAGCUCUCUCCGUAGCCGUCAGAACUUCCGGACAAGAGGUUAAACACAGUAUUCGAGAUCUCUCCAGGGGACUGUAUCAGGUUCUAUACUACCCGGAGUUAGCUACAACCCACAAGGUUGAGAUCAAAUAUAAUGGUUUAUCCGUCCCAGAUUCUCCGGUUGUAUUAAAUGCUAAAAACCCAGUGACUGGUAAGGAGCCUACUGCUAUUGGUCUAGGCCUAUACCAAGCUAGGGUUGAGAAACAAACUUCAUUUAUCAUUGAAACCCUCGGACAGACAGCGCAAGCCUUUGAUAUAUUUGUAACUGGACCCAGUAACGUCAUCCCACCUAACGAAGCAAUUCCAGUUCGUUGCUACCAGCAGAAGGAUAAGAACCUGUUGGUAGAGUUUAAACCUCUCUCCUCUGGAGCUCAUAAGAUUGAGGUUCUUCACAACCGUGAACAUGUCUCUGGGUCCCCCUUCGUAUGCCAGGUGUUUGAUCCCAACAGGGUGCUUAUUAUCGGAGCUGAGGAUAGGAACGCAACCGUCGGAGAACCCGUUCAGUUCCAACUGGAUCGGAAGGAUGCUGGGUUCGCCGAGCUCAAUGUGGUUGCAGUAUCUCCUCUGGGUCAGGAUCUUCCCAUCGAUGUUAAAGGAGUACCUGGAGGAGAAGGAGACCUGAUUGAGUUUACACCUGGAGUAGUUGGUAGAUACAAGCUGGAGCUGACCUACGGCGGAGAAACUGUACCUGGAUCUCCUUUGAUCUAUAUAGUCCAGGAGGAUCGGUCUCCGACUGUAUUCGGGAAAGGUUUGACCCUAGGACAGGUUCGGGAUGUUUGUCUCUUCAAGAUUGAUGGACGUGGUAUGCAGGGCGAGCCACGCGUUGAGAUUACUGGAAAGUGCAGGACGGUUCUCCAGGAGGAUAAGGAUGAACCGGGACUCUUUAUUGUUAAGUAUAUCCCGGAGGAGGUUGGACACACAGGAAUACAUAUUUUCUGGAACGAGGUUGAGAUUCCAGGGUCUCCUUUCCAGGCUAGGAUCUGUGAUGCUAGUGCGGUUCUACCCCUCUCCGGGUGGGCCAAUCUACUGGACAAAGAAGGACGGAUGGAUAUGGUGGUGGGAGAAGAGAAACUGAUCACAUGGGACGUGAGUAAGGCUGGUCCUGGUAGCAUGGAUAUAGAGAUCCAAGGACCAAAAUACGAUCACAGGCUAGACAACGCAGGACCUGGCAGGAUUAAAUUCGUCUUUAUUCCGCGUAAAGAAGGAACGUUUAACCUCAACACUAAAUGGAACGGUGUUCCAGUAAGAACGAUGCAUGUAACGGUACGUGGUGGAAAAUUGACCGGGCGUGUGGUCCUGACCGGAAAAGGUCUGGUGACCGCAAUCUGCGGAGAGGAGAGCGUGUUUGUAAUUGACGGAUCCGAGGGAGGGGAGGGGGAACCUGACGUUAAACUCUCCGGUAUUGACUCCGCUAUUCAUGUUUCCUGUAAGAGAGUGGCGCAUAAUGUGUGGGAAGCCGCCUAUACCCCCGUCAGAUCCGGAACCUAUUUGUUGAAUGUUACCUGGGCCGGGAGAUUAGUAAAGGAAUGUCCCCUGAAGGUGGUCGUUGAACCACCAUCUAACGCAUCCCGUGUUGUGUGCAGUGGAGACGGACUGCGGGCUGGAACUCUAGGAAAAGAGAUCAAGUGCUCUAUAGACACCCGGAGCGCUGGUCAUGACGAAUUGACGAUUAAAUGCGAGGGUCCUCACGGAAAGAAAGCUCUCUCAGAACUAAAUGAUCAUAGAGACGGACGCUUUACUCUCUACAUCAGACCUCAGGAGGUUGGGCGACACAAUUUGAAUAUCCAGUAUGGAGGAAACCAUGUUCCUGGUUCUCCGUUCCAGCUCCGGGUAUCCUCUGCACCUGAUCCCGGCAAGGUUCGAGUCUACGGACCCGGAGUAGAACACGGAGUACUGGCAAGAUAUCAAUCCCGGUUUAUUUGUGACACGCGAGGAGCUGGCGCCGGUCAACUCACAGUACGGAUUAGAGGGCCAAAAGGAGCUUUCCGUGUUGAAAUGCAGCGUGAGUCUCAGAAGGAUCGAACUAUUCUUUGUAAAUAUGAACCAACAGAACCUGGAGAUUAUAGGAUAGAGGUUCGGUGGAGUGGAGAGCAUGUUCCUGGAUCUCCCUUUGUUGUUAUGAUCUUUGAUACAGAGGAGGAGCUAAACCGGUUUCUUCAGGGCGGUUACUCCCCUGCAGGAGUUCAAGGUCCUCCUGGAGAUUUCUACGGCAGUAUAGGCCACCAUUACUCUCCCUACGGACCUGUAGGUUUCCCAGCUGGUACACUUAGCUGGCGAGGAAGCCAGGCGAAUAUUCAUUAGUACCUCCUCAACCCUUCCAGGACGAGUCUUCCGCCCUAUCCCACCUAGAACCCGGAGAAGUAAAUCUCUAAGAUCAUGUUUUUAUAUUCCAACCUCUCUCUUAAUUAUACUUAGAACCCGGAUAAUAAAUCCUCGCAAUCCCACUUAGUACCCGGAGAAGUGAAUCCUCCCUAUCCCAACUAAAUCCCGGAGAAGUUAAUUCUUCCAAUCCUACCUAGAACCCGGAGAAGUAAAUCCUACCUAUCCCAUUUAGAACCCGGAGAAGUAAAUCCUCCCUAUCCCACCUAGAACCUGGAGAAGUAAAUCCUACCUAUCCUGCCUGGAACCCGGAGAAGUAAAUCUCUAUCAUGUUUUUAUAUUCCAACCUCUCUCUUAAUUAUAUUUUGACUAAAGUCGGAUAGUAUCUCCGAACCUUUUUAAUAAUUUGUUUUGCUCAAAGUUGUUUUUUAUAUAUAAAUUUGUUUAACAUCUACCUUGAUAUGUUUUUAAAUAGAUUUACAAUUUUAUAAAAAUUGCAUAAGUGCUCCUUGUUGUUUUAUAAAGUUCAAAUAUUAGAUAUUUUGUAAAUAUUAAGUAGAAAUAAAUAUUAUUUGUUUAU